UUCAGUUUACCGGCACUAUUUGCACGGUUCGGGUUCCUUCUAACACGUGCAGCUUGACAGACCGAUGAUGACAGGAAACGCAUCACAUGGCUGCAAUGUUGUCGUAAUUUUAAUCAGUUGCCGAUGCGCGUUGAAACGGAAGUCACGGGUCUGUGCAUAAGCAAGGAACAUGUUUCGAACCACCUGUGAAGGCAACCUGACGAGAAUUACGAUCGAAACGUUGCGUUGCGUGAAAUUCGAUAACGUGGAUACAUUAGUCUGAGUAGAUCCUCAAUCUCGUGGAUUUAUUUGCGUCAAAAUUACUAUACAUUCAGCAAACGAAUUCUGUUAAAGUUACUCAUAAGUAAAGCUACAUCUAAAGAAGUGAGAAAGUUAAUAAUGUUAAUCGGAGACGGAAUACGUUUCCUCGAGUCGCGAAUUCUCCUCAAAGUUAUAGAAGAUAAAUAUUCGUCCAAAGCUUUCUGCAAAUUAACAUUUUCACCGUCUAAUCUAUCCGAUCAAAGCAAUAAAUGGAAUUCCCGUUUUAAGUGAAGAAGUCAAUCAUUUUGCGAAAUGAUCAAAUUUUCGCUAUCUCGUUGAGAGCUUUCCACACCGUAUCGAGAUAAUUAAUGGUGAAUGUAUCACGACCAGAGACUGAUGAUGUCACUUAACAUUUCCGAAUCGGCGAAAGUGGUGGCUAUUUUAAAACAGAAAACGGUAAGCCGGAUUCGCGUCGCGAAACACCGUGGUGCUAUUGCGCACCUGCGAUUCCUAAUGGAUUUUCUCGGGCUGCAACCCAACACAAUCCGUCAUCGAAACACACGAAACUCCAAUGCCGAAAAUUGUCGCGGCACGACGGAAAGUGCUACCGACAUAAAAUUAAAAUUCCUCCUUCGAAAAUGCAAGAGAAACCGACGUAAUCGUGCUUGUACCUGUAAAUACAUAACUCAAACGGCGAGCUACCUGAUACCUCCCUCCACCUAAGUGAAAAUACAUGAUAGCGUGAACGUAUCAUGUCACGAGGAUACGUGAUAGUGGAAGAAUAUGAAAUAGUCUAAAAACGAGAAAAGAGAGAAAAAAAAACAACGAAAGAACAAGAACAAAGUGCAUUUUAAUUCCGCGCUUGAAAACAUGCUGACAACGAUGUCUACCGUCGCGUUCGAAUUGAAUUCGUCUUAUUAUACAACGGCGAUCGGGAACAGCGCGCUCGAUGGAUUCUCAGUAAUCGAGUCGGAGAAUGCUACUUCUGCGCUGUACAUGCUGCCUGCCUACAUACGAACGACUUCGAUGGUUGCUUGCAUUAUUGUGAUGAUCUUAGGGAUAGUAGGCAAUCUAAUGGUGCCGUUGGUCGUGUUACGGGGAAAAGACAUGAGGAACAGCACAAAUAUCUUCCUGGUGAAUCUGAGUGUCGCCGACCUCUGCGUGCUUGUGAUUUGUACGCCUACAGUGUUAAUCGAAAUCAAUUCUGGCCCGCAAAUCUGGCCGCUCGGCGAGCAUAUGUGUAAGGCUGUUCCAUUCGUGGAAUUGACUGUGGCUCAUGCUUCGGUUCUCACAAUUUUAGCCAUCAGCUUCGAACGGUAUUACGCAAUCUGCGAACCUUUAAGAGCGGGAUAUGUUUGCACAAAGGCAAGGGCCACCUUUCUUUGUUUCUUGGCAUGGGUGGCAGCGGCGUUGUGUACAAGUCCUAUUCUGCUUAUGGUAACCUACGAGAUAGAAGAGAACAUCGAUGGUACGUACAUACCUACUUGUACAACACCAGCUUCGACGACUUGGAUGACGGGCUUCAUUCUGACGACGAUCUUCGUGUUCUUCGUGAUCCCUUUAUUGAUCCUAAUAGUGUUAUACACGGUGAUCGCCAGACACCUGAUGGCGAAUCCGGCGAUAAGUCGUGGACCGGCGAACAAUCUGCUCAAGUAUCGCAAACAGGUGGUCAUGAUGCUGGCCACGGUGGUGCUAUGUUUUUUCCUAUGCUUGUUACCUUUCAAGGCUCUCACCCUCUGGAUCAUUAUCGUGCCGCCCAAGAUGGUUGUCUCGCUUGGAAUCGAAGGCUACUACAGUCUUUUGUAUUUCUGCAGAGUGAUGCUAUAUUUGAAUUCAGCGAUUAAUCCGAUUCUCUAUAAUUUGAUGUCGACCAAAUUCAGGGAGGGUUUCCUCAAGUUAUGCGGUUUGGGACCCGUCAAGAGGAAGAAGAAGAAAACGUCGGAUCGUACGGGUACUUAUACGACUGGGUCAACCAAUUGCAGUAGCAGUCACUCGGACUUCUGGCGAAGACACAGCAGCAAUAGAAGCUGCAAUGUGAAGGGGUCAGAAAUUCGCUAUUCCGCCGAUGGAAUCAGUGAUAAAGUUCGACGACAGAAGCAAGAUAUUGUUAAAAGUCGGCACAAAAGUGAAAUUGCAAAUUUUGUACAUAGAUCAGAAAUUAAUUAAAUUUUAAACGGUACACCUUGUUAUUGGCAUGUAUGGUGGAUAUUUUCUAUGAUGCUGGCAUCUGAGAAGAAAUACUUUCUAACGAGGUAGUUAGAUUCAAAAUACGAUUUUGGCAAAGCUAUCGUAAACUAAUGCAAAAUAGCGAAUCUUUAGCAAAAUAUUUAAAGAAUUAGAAAGCUUAUGUGCAAUUGUUGUAGAAAUAGUUAUAUAAAAAUUUUUAUUUCUUAA